AUGCUUCGAGUUCGAUUUUGGUAUUGUGGAAAGUCAUAUCAAACAGACAUUACAAGGGAUGUUACAUUAGCAAAAUGCUUUGCUGAUUAUGCUCCCUUUUUAGGAAUUUCUCAGCCUGCUUCAGAUUUUAUUAUGUAUUGCCCUCAAAAACAAGAAAUAAAUGCCACAUUAGCAUCUGUAGUAUUCAACAAUACUCCUCCGAUAUCUACUGAUCCAAUAGAGAUUUAUAUUUCGACAAAAUCAGAUUCAAAAAUUAUGGAAAAAUUUUGCAAAGACUGUUUUCAUGCAGUAAAAUAUGAAGCAGUCAUGAUGAAUGACGCUGGAUUUAAAGUUCAUCAGGAUUUAAACUUAUUACAUCGUAAAAUUUUAAAGGUUUACUCUCCACCAACAAUGAACUAUAGAGAACUAGUACCAAACGAAAUUUUGUCAGUAAAUCCAUCAAAACAGAGACUAUUACAGUUAAUUACAUGGUUUACUAGAACAUAUAUGAAAAAAUACGCUAAACCAAAAUGCCUUAACUGCAGACAGUCAACAGUAGUCUUCCAAGAAGAUCGUCCACCCACUAGAACAGAAAAAGAGCAAGGAGCAAUUGGUGUCAAAAGAUUUCUCUGUCACCACUGUAAAGCAGCGAUCAGAAUACCCGAAUAUGAGAAUCCAGAGCUAAUUAACAGAGUAAGAACCGGUAGUUUGAUCGAACAAUGCAUAUUAUUCGGAACAAUUUUAAGAUGUCUUGAUUACCAUGUCAGAUUCUGCAAGCUCAUAUCCCAUUCAAGAGUAUGGCUCGAAGUAUUCGAUCCUGAAGAGAAAAGAUUCAUUCCUUGCAAUUUAGAUUUUGGAAGUAUAGAAAACCCUCUUAUUUUCGUUGGUCGCGGUAUCCAAGUCGCCCACGUAGUUGCUGUAGGACCCUAUGAUUGUUCAGAUGUCACUUUUAAGUACACAAAUAACAUUGACCAAGUUAUUGAAGAAAGGAACGAAAUAGUUGAUGAAGAGUCGUUCCAACAGAUACUAAGUCUUAAAAGUGUGAUGUGGCGUAACGAUGUAACAGAUGAUUUGAUUGAAUUAUCAAAUCAGCUGACGAAUGAAGAUAUGGAGCAUUUCAUACCUGUUGAUAGAGAGCCUACUAAUGAAGAGAAGACUUCUCCUCUCCUUUUCGAGAAUUAUACUUCUAGAUAUUAA